AUAAAAGUUUCGCCCCUUUUUUAUAGCAAAUAAAUUUUAUUACGGGAAUUUAUUAAAAAAAAAACUUUCAUUGAAUUAAAAAAAAAGGAAAAUAUUUUUACAUAAUACGUAUAAAAUGGUCCAACUUCGUGAAAUUGGUAAAACUGGUGUUAAGAUUCCAGCUAUCGGUUUAGGAUGCAUGGAAACUAGCGCAAUUUAUGGAACAUCUGAUUCAACCGAAAGUUUAAAAGUUUUAAAUCGUGCAAUUGAAAUAGGCUGCACUUUUUGGGAUACUUCUGAUAUCUAUGGAAUUGAUGGUCAUAACGAAAGAUUACUUUCGCAAUUUCUUAAAGAACAUCGUGACAAAAUAUUUAUUUGUACAAAAUUUGGUUAUAUUCGUAAACCCGAUCAAUCUUACGAAGUAUCAGGAAAACGUGAAUAUGUUCGACAAGCUUGUGAAAGAUCUUUAAAAAGAUUAGGAGUGGAUUAUAUUGAUCUUUAUUAUCAACAUCGUGUGGAUCCGAAUACGCCUAUUGAAGAGACUGUUAAAGCCAUGGCAGAACUUGUUAAAGAAGGUAAAGUUAAAUACCUUGGAAUUUCUGAAUGUUCUGCUGAAACUCUUAGAAGAGCAUAUAAGGUUCAUCCUAUUUCUGCAAUUCAGGUUGAAUAUGGUCCUUGGUUUAUUAAUAUUGAAAAUAAUGGAAUUAUGGAAGCUUGUCGUGAAUUAGGUGUUACCAUCGUGGCAUUCGGUACUCUCGGACGUGGAUUCUUAAGCGGUACGAUUAAGUCUUUUGAUGAUCUUGAACCAAACGAUUUGAGGAGAAAAAUUCCGCGUUUUCAGGGUGAAAAUUUUAAAAAGAAUUUAGAACUCGUAUAUAAAUUACAAGAACUUUCUACCAAGAAAGGUCUUACUCCAAGUCAACUUUGUUUAGCUUGGACUUUGGCUCAAAGAGAUAAUAUUAUUAUUAUUCCUGGCACCAAAAGAAUAAAAUAUUUGGAAGAAAAUUUUAAUACUCAAAAUAUACGUCUUACUAAUGAAGAUUUAGAUGAAAUUCGUCAAGUCAUUAAUUCUAUUGAAAUGGUUGGUACAAUUCAUCCUGAAUGGGCUAUGAAGUAUAUAAAUAUUUAAACUCCUUUAUUGAUUUCUUAUGAUUAUUGAUAUUAUAUUUUAUGGAAAAGAUAAACAUAUUACUAAAGAUAUUGAAGUCAUCCUAGUAAUAAUUGAUAAAUUAAUAUAUGGUUUACUCAACUGGUUAAAUAUACAAAUUAUUACAAUUUAUUACAAAUGCCAAAUUUUGUAAAAGUUCCAAUUAUUAAUUAAAUGCAUAAUGCAAAGUUUAUUCACAUUUUGAUAAGAAUAAAAACCUCUAGUUUUAAAUCAUUACUAAUAGUUAAUUAUUUUAAUAAAGAUGAUAUUACUGCUCACUAAAGGUGAAAUACACCA